GCUCAUCUCUCUCUCUCUCUCUCUAAAAACUUAGUCCAGUGGAGAAAGAAAGAAAGUGUCGCGAACACACAACACUCUUACUACUGCUGCUGCUGCUUCUUCUUCUUCUUCGUCUUCUCUAUUUAUUUUGUCUUUCUGAUUGCAUGUCUUUUCCUAAUCGCGUCUCAGAGGCAUGGCGAGGAGUAGUUGGAUUAUUGACUGCAAAGGAAUUGCUACCAAAGUGAAAAAUGCUGGUAUAUCUCCUGGAAAUCAAAUCAAAGACUGUGGAGCAAAACGAGAAUGCCCAAAAUGCCAUUAUUGCAUUGAUAACAGUGAUGUCUCCAAUGAAUGGCCUGGAUUGCCUGCUGGUGUAAAAUUCGAUCCAUCUGAUACAGAGAUUUUGGAACAUUUGUCUGCUAAAUGCAGAGUGGGAAAUUCAAAGCCGCAUAUGUUCAUUGAUGAGUUCAUCCCAACAGUUGACAAAGCAGAAGGAAUAUGCUAUACACAUCCAGAAGAUCUUCCUGGUGCAAAAAAAGAUGGAAGCAUUAUCCACUUCUUUCACAGAACCACUAAUGCUUAUUCUACUGGUCAAAGGAAACGUCGCAAAAUUCACAAUCAGCAUAGUUUGAUAAAGGAGGAUGUCCGCUGGCACAAGACAGGUAGAACAAAGCCUGUGAUUGAAAAUGGGGCACAGAAGGGUUUUAAGAAGAUCAUGGUUCUGUAUAGAAUUUCAAAGAAGGGUUCCAAGCCUGAGAAAUCUAACUGGGUAAUGCACCAAUAUCAUCUGGGCAAUGAAGAAGAUGAACCAGAAGGCCAUUAUGUGGUUUCAAAAAUCUUUUACCAGCAGCACAAGGAAAGUGAUGAUAAUGAUGCUUCUCAAGUAAUAGGAGAUCCUGAUAUGGGGACAAUUCGAACCAGUCCUAGGACCCCUAGGUCUAAUACUCCCAAUCCUCCACGGCCAGGAAAAUCUGUUUCAUGUGAUGAUGUCGCUGAUGAUUAUGCACCCAAAUUGUCACCGCAGGUAGCAGAAUUUUCCAGAGAAACAUCUCAUCCUUGCUCUGCUACUCAGUUCAAGGAUGAUUUGGACAACAGCACUUGGUUGGCUGGUGAAUCCCAACCUCUUCAUGAAAACUGUGGGGUUUCAUUGCUAUGCAAUGAGAUUUUCAGUCCCUGCAGUGCUCCUGAUGCUUCAAUACUGAAUGGUGGUCCUGCUAAUGGCUUCUCGUGCCAAACAAAUGAUAUUCCCGGUGUAGAUAGAAAUGUAACUUGUGGAAUUGCUGAUCUGGAGAACCUAGAACUGGAUACACCUCCAGACUUUGAACUUGCAGAUCUACAGUUUGCCUCGCAGGACAGUAUUUUUGAUUGGUUAGACCGUCUGUAGAGCAAGCAGUGAUUGAGCAGAGGUUUCCAAGUGCCUUGCAAUGAAAUCCCAGUUUUUGCGAUGCUUCUCUUCUCCUGAGAAAGUUGUGCUUCAAAGGCGAGGGAGGUCCAGUACCUUGGGCAAAUUCAUUUAUUUCACCUUUUAAAACUUAAAAAAAAGUGGCGCUAUGGAUUUAGCGGCUGGCAGAAAUGACACCAGUUUUGUUUGAAUUUUGUGAUCCCCAGCCUUAUUUAUAUUAGGAGUUCCAUCCAAUUCGAAUGCUUAGCACUGAUUUAUGCGUUGUGGGGUGAUGAAAAUGUUACUAAAGACUAAAAUUGAAGACAAAUAAUGCGGAUUGUAUUAAUUGGAUGAAAUAUGUUUAGACUGCUGGGAACUAAAUUUAUUCAUUUUGCAGGGUGGUUUGG